AGUAAGUGACUGAUAACAUUAUAAACUGGAUUGGUCCUUGAGUUCAGAGACUGUUGUGAUCGAGUGAAAGAUAGCAGAAUCUUAAAGAAUUACACUGAGGUGCAAGACAAAAGUUAACCCUCUUCAAGUAAUGUUUGUUCAUCUGAGUGGUUACUAAACCAAACCUGUAACAAGACUAUAGUAACCAUUUUUGCUUCUUGGUUUUACAUUGCUUUCUGUAUUGUCUUUCUAAAUCCAGAUGUUCUCAGACAAUUCACAUUGUCCUGAUUGUGGACAACAGUGGUUUCCUAGUUUAGAACUAGGCCACUGGUUGUACCAAACUGAACUUGUUGAAAAUGAAUGUUACCAAGUCUUUUUAGACCGUAUUAAUAGAGCUGAUUAUUGCCCUGAAUGUUAUCCUGAUAAUCCUGCUAAUAGAAGCCUUGUUCUUCCUUGGUCUUUCCCACUUGAGUGGGCUCCCCAAAAUCUCACCAGGUGGACCUUUGAAAAAGCUUGCCAUCCUUUUCUUCUUGGUCCUCCAUUGGUCAGAAAAAGGAUACAUGACUCCAGAGUAGCUGGUUUUAAUCCUGCAUUACAGUUAAUCUUGACUAGAACAGACAAAACCUUAAACAAAAAACUUGGCCAAAACAAGUAACUUCUAUAGUGGUUAAAAUCAUGGUGACUCCAGAGAGUUUUUGCUAGUAUUCUAAGGAAGAUGAAAAAAUAACUAAUUUAUUCUUCUCUUUUCCUUUUUGUUUGUGGUGCCGGGAAUCAAAACUGGGCCCCAUGCGUGCUGGUAGGCAAGUGCACUACCAGAACUGUACUCCCAGCCUUUUAUUUCUAAAUUUGAUCCAGAUUAUCAUUGUUUGGGGGAACUCCUUAAAUUGUUUCUGCUUCUGUAGCCUACACUUUGUUCAGUGUGAAUUUAGUAUUCCAGACAGACUGUUCAUCUAGAACCAGACUAAUCUGUAAUCCCUAUAAAUGAUGUUUUGGAACUAGCUUGUCUCUUAAGUUGUUCCAGAGCUUAAUUGUUGACAUAGGAGAAGGUAGUCCUAAAGGCAGGCCUCCUAUUGUAUGUCAAAUAACUGUAUUUCUAACAAUAACUAAUGUGGGAAAGUAUACUCAUUGCUGCUGGCUUCUAGAUUAUUCCAAUAAAUUUUAAUACUUGUUUUAAAUUUCUCCCUUAUCAAUGAUAAAGAUGUAUGUGUAUAUGUGUGCAUAUAUAAAAUUUAUUCAUAUAUGUGUUGAUUUUGUUUGACUCAUACGUAAAGUGGUUGUCAGAAUAUUAAAAACUGGUCACUAUCAGAGAAGUCACAUUGCGUAAGGCAACAUAUAACAUAAGUUACAUAAAAA